ACUAGACUCCCAUGCCGGUGAGACAAUCAGCCGCCAAGCAGAAGAUUUUGCCCAUUUCGCCGGCAUCUCUAAUUUCUUUCCCUGCACCUCUCAAUCAAUAUGAAACCCUAAUUUUUUUUUCUUUUUUCGAUGGAUUGGAUUUCAAUCCACUUUCUUCAUCAUCAUCACGACCACUGAAAACCUAGCUUUUCGUUCUACGCUCUAUGGAGGCGCGUCGAACCUCUCGAAUCCCCAUCGAUCCUAAAGUGCGCCAGGUAGGGUUUUUUGCCCCCGGUGCACUGCGGGAUCGCUCACAGUCUGGUCCCCUUGGGUUCUCGUCGUCGCCUCCAGUCUCCAACAUCUCGCCGGCGGGAAACUCCCUCUCACCAGUCAUGAUCCCACCGCCGCGUCACGCAUCCGACAACUUUGUACUGUCGCGGCCCCUUGCAGUGCCGGUUUCGGCUUCGACGUUUCGGCCGCCGGCGGUGGAAGAUCGCAUGGCGGUUGGGAGCUACGACGCUUCGGAGUUGCUUCUCGGGACGUCGGCGUCCAGCAGGAUCGGAGACGGGGAGUUCUCCGAGGACUAUUCGGUUUUUUUUCGCCGGAGCAGUUCGGGGAAGUUUGCUUCGUCUUUGCCGAGCGGUGGGUUUGAUUCGACGGCGAUGAAAAUUAAUCCUCCUGCGGUGGUUCCAGCCGUAAAAAAACCUGCCGCAAAAAAACCUGCCGCAGUGAUUGAAAAGAGUGGAGGAGCAGUUGCAGAAAUGCAAAAUGAAUUGGCAACAAGCUCAAAACCAUUGAAAGAGAAAACUACAAAGGCUGAAAGACGUGCCCUUCAGGAGUCUCAACGAGCAGCAAAAGCUGCUGCAAAAGAUCCGAAUUCUGGAGGAAAUAAACCAGCUGCUGCUUCUGGGGCUGCAACUCCAAUGAAAGAAAAGGCAAGUAAAGCUGUGAAGCAGGUUCCAUCUUCUGUUGCUGCUUCUGACAAAAAAGGAGGUGAGCGGAUUCCAGAAAAAGAUAAGAAGAAAGAUGUUCCUCCUCCUCGCAUGCAAUUUGACGACAAGAACAGGGUGGAAAAGGCUAAAAGGCGUGCAGUGGUCAAACCAACUGAAGCUAGAAACAGAGUUGAACUGUUCCGGCAUUUGCCUCAAUAUGAACAUGGAACCCAGCUCCCCAAACUUGAGUCAAAAUUUUUUCAACUUGAUCCAGUGCAUCCUGCUGUUCAAAAGGUUGGAUUCCAGUAUUUGGCAGGAGAUAUAGUUGGGGGUAAUGCUCGUUGCAUUGCAAUGCUUCGAGCAUUUCAGGAAGCCAUUAAAGACUACUUCAUGCCACCUGAAAAAACUCUAGCGAGAGAUUUAACCGCAAAAAUUAGCAGUUAUGUUUCAUUUUUGAAUGAAUGCAGGCCCCUUUCAAUCAGCAUGGGAAAUUCAAUCAGAUUCCUAAAGAACAGGAUUGCCAAGUUACCUUUAACUGUGUCUGAAUCAGAGGCAAAAGAUGCUCUUUAUUCAGAUAUAGAUCGUUUCAUUAAUGAGAAGAUAGUACUUGCAGACAAGGUGAUAGUCAGACAUGCUGCAACAAAGAUCAGGGAUGGAGAUGUUCUUCUCACGUAUGGUUUCUCAUGUGUUGUCGAGAUGACCAUGUUAUAUGCUCAUGAACUUGGGAGACAGUUCCGUGUUGUGGUAGUAGACUCACAUCCAAAAUUUGAAGGCCAAGCAUUACUUCGUAGGCUGGUGGAAAAGGGCCUGAGUUGUUCAUAUACUCAUAUAAAUGCUGUUUCUUAUAUCAUGCAUGAAGUAACACGAGUUUUUCUGGGGGCUGCCUCUAUAUUUUCUAAUGGAACUGUGUACUCAAGGGUUGGAACUGCUUGUGUUGCCAUGGUUGCUCAUGCAUUUCGUGUUCCUGUGUUAAUUUGUUGCGAAGCAUAUAAAUUUCAUGAAAGGGUACAGCUUGACUCCAUUUGUUCAAAUGAACUUGGUGACCCGGAUGUUAUUUCAAAGGUUGCAGGACGAGCAGAUGUGAAUUAUUUGGAUAAUUGGCGUGACAAGGAAAAUCUUCAACUUUUGAAUUUAAUCUAUGAUGCUACUCCUUCAGAUUAUGUCUCUAUGAUUAUCACUGAUUAUGGCAUGGUCCCACCCACAAGUGUGCCUGUCAUUGUGCGUGAAUACCGAGAGCAUUUGUGGAUAUAAAAGGACCGCACAGGAGCUCUUUAUACUUCUAAGUUGGUACUUGAAUCCAUAUUACAGGCCAGUGAUCAAAUACAUACAGGAUAAUAAUGGAAGAGUGUCUUUCAACACUUGGGUCACUUCUCUAAUCAUUCUUUAUGUUUGAUAACAAUAUUUAUGAUGUCAAAUGGGUCAACAUGUUAUAUUCUUGGUGACGAGACCCAAAGAAGAGUGCGAACUGGUCGCCUCUCUGGGCAGUUUUGGGUGACACGCUAUUAUAUCUCGUCUUUUUGAAUGCUUUCUUACACAGAAUUUUUUGGUCAUAGUUUUACAAGUUUAUUCAAAUGGAUGCAGCAAAUAUAUAUUUAGAUUGCUAGGACGGUCUGUUAAUAGGAAGUGAUAAUUUGCAAUUCUCAGGGCUCUGUACGAAUAAAAGAACACUCCUUCCUGAGUCUCAGCUCUCCUCUCUCUCAGGGUCUUGUAAUAUAGAGUGAAAAACAACCCCUGCACAUUUUGUAUGUGGUUCAAGUCAUUGUGAAACAUAAGAUUUAUUUAACAGAACCAUCUACUGAAAAUGACAUGGCUUUUUCAGUCUCU